ACAUGUAAGGAGCACAAUUACAUUUAGCAAGGCGAAUGGGAACCUAUAUAUAUAAAAAGUAAGUUAUGUAUAUGCCCAGUUUCUGGUCUUAUUCCUAUUCUUUUGUUUCACGGUUCAGUAAACAGCGGCAGUCUGAGUCUUCCGCUAACAUAUCCGUCACCAAAAAUAACAUGAAUCCCAUAGUACAGUACCACCUCCAACAACCCAACAGUGGAUUCCUCACGUGGACUAAGCAACUGAGGAAACGUGACCGCGCGUGGCUGUCUGUGUUCAGCAAUAUUUCAGGCUUCCGCAGCACUUGGCCAGCUUUCCUUAUGCCGUUUGACCCUGACGAACCACAGACAUUCCGCAGACACUGAAUUGUUUUAUUUAUUUAUCUAUUUAUUUAUUCAUUUAUUUACUUAUUUUAGUAAAUGGCAAAUACGCUCAAUUUUCAUCCCUUGCUCUCAUGAUGGAGCAGCCGAGUCCGUACCUAACAAGCAGUUCCCCUUGGUGGCAUGCUCUCGUUUAGAUGUGUUUGUGUUUCUUCAUUUAUUUUUCUUCUCGAAAACAAUGGAACUCGUCACUACGUCGUAACUUUUGCGAAUUUUCUUCCUCCUCCCAUCUGAUCCUCUCAUAUGUGUUCCAUUUCUUAAAUUUAGCUUGAAUACUUUUUUUAUUUAUUUUUGUCUUGCAUGUUUCAAUAAGACCAUUUCUUUUGUGUCGAUACUUUCUAUCAUGCUCCUGAACCUGCCAUCCUUAACACGUCCCUUUUGCACCUCCGAAGGAAUGGUUUCACGAGGUCAGCAAGGCAGCGGCUCCCUCACGUGGCUCCUGGUGGUGGCCGUGUCGCUGGUGCUGGUGGCGAGGGUGCAGCCGUACCCGGGUUAUGUGGAGCGACUGCCCAGCUUGCGGCGGUACCCUCAACAGACCCAACAGCAGCAGGGCCCGGGCGAGGGUGAGCCCUUCCCCGGCGCCAACGACGACUAUGUGGAAGACGACGACGACGAGUUAGGUUACUCCAAAAAAUAUGCCUACGACACUCUCUUGGCCCGGAGGGAGCCCGACAUCUUCCCCUACGACCAGCAGGCGGACGCGAGCAAUAAAAACCUGCAGCAGAUCCUUCGGUCAUUUCGCCCCGUUGUUGGCGGAACCCUUCCCUCCGACCGCGUCCUUCCCUGGGAGGAUCUUCACGAGCUGGGCCUCAAGGGCGGGAGGGCGGGGGACGAGCAACUCGCAGCCCCGGACACCAGCCUCACGCAGCUCUCCUUCGCUAAGCACAGACAAAAGCGAGAGAGAAAAUGGUAUUGUGGUCUGUGGAUGGCGAUCUGUCCCUUUUCCGGGUGAUGUGCCACUUUAAGAUCUGCAACAUGGGGCGACGUCGGAGGGCCCGUCACUCCAGCCCCGUGCAAGGCUGGCUCUCCUAACAGCCUCCCCAAAGCCUGGAUCACCCCGCCGCAGCCGCCGCCACUAAGCCCCCUCGCGCACCGUAGGCUCGCUUUGCAGAGGCGCCUCGUGGGUGUCAAUCUGACCAUCUAGUCCGCAUAGUACUACCACUGUCGAUCGUCGGCUGUCAACCCUCCUCCUCCCGUGUACCACUACUUCCUCUACUACUGCCACCCCUCGCGCCAAGAGGCUGGAAGGCCGCCAGAUGUCCCACGCUCCUGGAGGUUCGUGAUCACCCCGUUGGAGGAUGGCGAUGCCCAAACCACUGGACCGACACCCGCGCUCUUCCACGGUUAACUUGUGCAUAAAGGUUGUCUCACCCACCCCGAUUCCCUCACGCACACACUCAGGCCACCCGCCGCAGUAGAUCAGGGCAGGGAAGUAAAUGGCUCACCAGUACUUCCGUCUGUUGCAUACAAACACACACACACACACACACACACACACACAGCGCGCGUGCCCGGAAGAACACAAACACGAAACUCCGAUCACUAAUGUAUAUUAUCCGGUAAACCACAUCUGUUAAACACAAACACAAAUAUAACAAUGAAUACGACAAAAUUGUAUUAAAAAGCGGAACUUUUAAACUUGACUCAAUUCCCUAAAAAUACAAUUAUGUAAAAACACAUCACUCAACCUUUCACUGACCCCCCCUGCCCCCCUGCGCUCGCAAAUGCAUACACACACACACACACACACACACACACACACACACACACACACACACACACACACACACACACACACACCCUGCUGCUCCCUCCUGUCCUCCGACACCCAUGGCAGGUGACGCACACAAAGAAUCAAAGAAACGUUCGUCACCACAAAGCCUCGGCCACGCCAGGGACCCCUGACCGGCCCGCGGCAGCUGGCGGCCCGCGCACCACAUCCACCUCCCCGAUGGGAAAACUAACAAGCAGGUCACUUUGUUUUCGCCGGCUUGCAAAAUCCUCUUGUAGAUAGGCCAAAACAUAUCACUAUCGCUUACUUAAAUUAUUGUCUUUUUUUUUUAAAUCAAGGCUUCAUUACACCACUUCUGUUUCUUCACCUCAUAAUUACACGAUGCCCCGUGAUUUGUUUUGUUCUGUUACAUUUCAAUCUCAUUUUCUAGUCUACAUCAUUUAAUGCCGACAA